UCGCAUCUGCGCGUCGCAUUUUUGUCGGGCGGCGAAAACGGCGAAGGUAACAUGUAAAAUCACCGGGACGGGAUAUCGCGGUUACCGCGGCAACAGCAUGCCUUUAAACGUCAACUACGUUGCUCAUCACCGGAUGAAGCACGGUUGGUGGUACUCCUCGCCGCGAUGAAGGGAUGACUGCUGCUGUUCAACGAUCGCCAAGAACCCCGCGUUACAUGGGCAACAGCCAACAGAAACCGAGCUCAGAGUCGCAAGAGCAGCAACAGCGUCGGAGAUGGAGCUCGACGCAGUCUCAGCUGAGCUGGGGCAGCAGCCAGAGUGUGCAGUCGGUGGCCAGUGCCCAGCGCUCAUGGUCGCGGGCAUCCACCAGCCUGGGCCGUCGACGCCAGCUGCGUUGGCAGCCCCACCUGCCACCGCUAGCGAGCGCAGUGCCAAUAGAAGCACCGUCAGCCUGUGCUGACCCGCUGGCCAAGACACCAUGGCCGGUGACACUGGCUGAGGCCCUCUUUUUGCCCGAGUUUCCUGUUCGCAGCAAGCUACACGAAGCCAACUUUCAGAAAAUCAAGCAGCUUUCUGGGAGCAAGUUUGGUUCAGUUUAUUUGGUGCGGGAGGCUGCUACUGGCAAGUGCUAUGCCAUGAAGCUGAAAACUGUGGAUUGUGUUCAGAGUAGUGCAGAAUAUGUGACUCCUGAAGGAAUUGGCAGAGCAAAGAAGACAAGGCUUGUUGUCACAGAGUAUGUUCCUCACGGUGAGCUCCGGCUGGCAUGGAAAGCACUAGGUGGAUUUUCAGAAGACCUCGUACGAGUGCUCAUAGCCGAGCUGGCUCUAGUCCUUGACUUCCUGCACUGCUGCCGGUUGUCAUUUCCAGAGACCUGA